CCCUCAUCCUCUGAUGCUAUCUCUACCGAAGAAAUGCGGCCUCGAGCAGGUCCCUUGCCUUCGAAGCGGGGCGAAAUUGGGUUUAGGGAAGACCUGGAGAAGGAGGAAACAGUCCAAGGAGAGGAUUCGUCUUCGUCUCUCCCAGAGCGCCAUCCUGCUGAUCGAGACUCUCCCCCUACCUCCAACCCCGCAGCAGAUGCCCCCGCUGCCAUUCCUACUACGUUCCCCGGGUCACCUGCCUCAACCUCAGAUGAUGCUUCCACUUCUGCGCUGAAGAAACCAAAGACUCUUCUUUCGUUUCUAAAGCGAAAGAAGUUUGGCGGUAUUCAAUUGGGUACCCUAAUCGUCUUCGCAAUCCAACUAUUCAUUACUUUUGGAACUAUUGGUGCUUGGACAGUUGCUGGUUUAUUUCUGUCCGGUAAAGCACAGUCACGCAGCAAUGAUUCUACAAUGUCCGCUGCUUCCGCUACUAUUUUUGUGCAUGUGAUCUUUGCUGUUGCUUUCCUCAGUCAGUGUCUCUUCCUUGAGAGGCGGAUAUAUGUUAUGAGGGCUCAGAGAUAUGCUUUCCUCCAUCCUGGAGAAAUACUGCCGUUUUCCCGGCGGGGACAACCUGUGGAUGACUCUGUGGCAUUUUCUCCUUGGAAUAGACCUCCUCUACCCACGUAUGCAGCGGCCCUCGCUCAAAGCGGUGUCGGCACCGGAGAUGUCGAAGAUCAUCUCAUCGCCGCACCGCCACCACCUGCGUACGGCAACACUCGUGGGAGUACUCUACUGCUCUCUGGCUUCCUUAAUGCCAAUUUACGCGCUCAGCGACCUAUAUCCGUUCGGACAGAAUUAAGUCAACAUCAUCAAGAUCGGCCUGUUAGCUAUGUCAGUGACGACGAGGAGUGGGAAGUGAUCCAGAAUGCAGAUCGUGCACGUCGCUUAGAGGAAACGCUGACGACUCUUGAG